CCGGGCUGGGGGCGGUGGAGGCCGGGCCGGGCGGCAUGAUCGGCACCGUGCUCUACUACGUGCUGCUGCCGGCGGCGCGGCUCCUCCAGGCCCUCCGAGAUGCUUUCUUUACCUAUCGAAAGAAUGUGCUUCUGGCGAAGAGCCCGUCCACCCAGAUAGAAGGUGUCUUUGCUGCAACCACAGGAGGAUCGGUCCCAGAAGAGCAAGAAGCCCUUCUCCAGGAGUGGCUGGAGGAAGGAGUAGGGAAUUUGCCAGCCAGUGAGAGUGUUCCAGCAGUGAGGAAAGUAUCAGUUACACUCACUAGUGACUGGUUAGAAGGUUCAGAGCUAUUGAUGACCAGCCUCAGUGACCUGAAUACAUCACCAGAAGUCACCCAGCAUGCUGAUCAGCAGUACUCAGAGCUAAAUGCCUUGGCUUCUUCAGAACUGCAAGAUCAUGCAGUGGCUGAACUGGCAAGAUUACCAUCAGAGGAAACAGUGACUGUAGCAGGCAGUGCCCCUUGGGCAGCUGUGGUGCCACAAACAGAUCAGGCAGCUGGCUGUGCUGAUAUCAACGUGGAAGUGCUGAAUGAUGACCCAGCUGUGCUGGCCUGGAGUUUAGCAUGUGAUGCAGAAACGGUGCCAUCAGUGCUCCCAGCCCAGCCCAUUCAGGAUGCGGUGCCAUUCUAUCCUGUCCCAACAGAGGUGCCCUACCAUGAGAUCUUAUGGAGAGACUGGGAGGAUCUUUCUGUCCAGCCCUGUGUCUUAGAGCAAGUCUCAGGAAACACUCCUCUCUUUGAAUUUCGAGUCAUGUCUUACAACAUCCUUGCCCAGGACCUGGUGGAGCAGGGCCUUGAUCUUUAUGUACACUGUCAUCCAGACAUCCUGAACUGGAACUACCGCCUUCCAAACCUUUUGCAGGAGAUCCAGCAUUGGGAUCCUGAUGUUCUGUGUCUCCAGGAGGUGCAAGAGAACCAUUACUGGGAGCAACUGGAACCAACAUUCAAGGAGAUGGGCUUUGCAUGCUUCUAUAAACGGAGGACCGGGACGAAGACAGAUGGAUGUGCAGUGUGCUAUAAGCACAGCAGGUUCCAGCUGAUCAGCCUCAGCCCCAUAGAAUACUUCCGGCCUGGCCUGGAUGUCCUCAACAGGGAUAAUGUGGGCUUGGUGCUGCUGCUACAGCCUGUGCUCCCAGAGGGUCUAGGUCUGAAGGCAGUCAGUCCUUUGUGUGUGGCCAACACUCAUGUGCUGUUCAAUCCCCGUCGAGGGGAUAUCAAACUGGCCCAGGUGGCCUUGCUGCUAGCAGAGAUUGACAAAAUUGCAAGAACUGCUGAAGGCAGCUACUAUCCUGUCAUCUUGUGUGGAGACCUGAACUCUGUACCUGAUUCUCCACUCUACAAAUUCAUCCGGAAUGGUGAACUUUCCUACCAUGGGAUGCCAGCCUGGAAGGUAUCUGGUCAGGAAGACUUUUCCCAGCAAUUGUAUUCACGGAAACUGCUGGCCCCGCUGUGGCCGAGCUCACUGGGUGUAACAGACAAGUGCCAGUAUGUCACCCUGUGCCAGCCAAAGAAACCUGGGAGACGUGAAUACAGCCGUGACUUCCUGCUCCAGUUCCGCUUUUGCGAUGUUGCCUGUGAACGGCCACCACAGCUGGUCCUCUUGGAAGGUGUGACAGAUGCUAAACCAGACCGCCCUGCACACUGGCCCAAGCCUGCUGCCGUGGUGAAAGACCCUGAUCCCCAGCCAUUCAUCCCAAGGUGUUCAGGUGUUAUCCAGCAUGGCCUCAACCUGACCUCUGUCUACAGCCACUUCUUGCCACAGAGGGGCCGCCCGGAGGUCACAACCAUGCCCAUGGGGCUUGGAGCCACUGUUGAUUACAUUUUCUAUUCAGCAGAGCCUGUGGAGAGCAAGGCGGGUCGCAGGCUGUACAAGGAUGGAGCUCUGAAGCUGCUUGGCCGUCUAUCUCUUCUCUCUGAAGAUGUCCUCUUGAUGGCAAAUGGCUUACCAAAUCCUUUUUGUUCAUCUGAUCAUCUCUGCCUGCUGGCUAGCUUUGGCUUGGAGAUCUCCAGCCUCAGAGAGAGUUAGUGUUGGUUCCCUUUUGCUAAAGAAAAGCUGCUCUGAAUACAGCAGCUGAGACUCUGGAUUGCAUAAUCUGCUUGCAAGAAAGCCCUUUUCCUUGUCCUGCCCUAAAAGUCCUUUUCUCCCCUCACACCCUCGCUGAAAGCAGGGAUGAGAGAGUUGGAGUGCUUUUUGCAUUGAUAUUUUGUGUGUCUCUGCAAACCUGAGCUGUGUUCCCAGUGGGCUGCCAGGUGUAUUCAGGCAUUAGCAUCUCUUAAAGGGAUCCUUGUUCCACUGCCUUGUUUAGCAGGUGUUUUUGUGCUGCAGGACCCAGCAUAACUCCCAUGUUUAUUUGUCCCUGUGUGAGAUUUUCGAGGAGCUGGAAAAGAGAGCGGCAAUGCUAUCUGCUUUUGGUUAGUUUAAUUGCUAUCAAGGAGCAUGGGAUAUAUAUGCCAAUACUCUUUCACACCAAAACAAUAGUUCUUUUAAUUUCUCAGUAAUAGUUUAGUCCUUUCAGGGGUAGUUGUUGUGUUUCCUUUUAGAUUGGAUCUGCUAACUGCUUAGAAAUGUCUUUUACUUAAUAAUGUGUAAGGGCUGACUUGCUGACAGAAGGGUUUUUGUGGUGUAACAGUUUCUACAAGAAACUGCUGUGACUAAUGGACCAGGGAUUGCCAGGAAUGGAAUCAGAGGUUCUACAGAGCCACCCAAAGCAGCUAAAGAACUGCAGCAAAAUCCUAGAGGCCUUGGGGAAGGCUUCCUUCCUUUCUAGCAGUCUCAGAUUGGUAUCUAAUUUGUCAUUUUUAGCAAAAAUAUUUAGGAUCGCCCCAGUGAGUAUCCCGUGGAAAAAAUUACCCUAUAAAGCAUGACAACCCCAGAAGUCUAUAACUCUGGUUUGUUGUAAAAGAGAGAUGAAAAUGGAAGGCAUGUGAGAGUCAACAGAGCCAUCAGAUGGAAGAGCUGUUCUUGUCACUUGCCCUAUUCUUUUCUCUGUGCACUCCCUAUUGCAGUCAGCCUGCCAGGGGUCAAUAGCCAACCUGUAGCAUCCAUCUCCUGUGCCAGACUGAAGUCCAUGCUGCAUCCUUUUUCUGGACCCAGCCAUGUUCAGGUGUAGAUCAAACCCUUUGGAUCAACUCCUGUCUCUUGACCUGUGUUGGGAGGAAGGGGAAGGGUUUGUAACUUGGAGCCAGACUGCAGUCACUUGGAUCCCAGCGUUGCUUUGGUGUACAGUGUGCUUUUGUAAGCAGUGGCUUGGCCAGUACAAAAGCAGUUGAGCUGUACCUGUUCCUAGAGUAAAUUCCCCAGUUCAGCCUGACAUUUGGUGCUCAGUUUUUCCAUAAGAGAUGACACCAGUAUUGGCAGAAACCAAUAUUGGCAGAAAUAUUAUCAAUCUUCUGUUCACAAACAAGGCAGGAAAUCUGGUCCCACCUCAGGUUUAUGCGGGAAGGUACGGGAGACUUGAAACAUUUGUUCUUCAUGGUCUGUACUGAGGGACUUUGAUAUUUUAAAUGUUACUUUCUUUAUUGAAAAAUAAAGUACUCCUAAUCCAAGAAAAUACCACAAAGCAACUGCAGCACCUUGUAUUUCUGGCAGCUGAACCUCUGAAGACCUGCUUGACGAGGUUUUGCUGGCUGCGAGGUGAAAGACGGCAAAUUUGCUACACAAGUAAUAAGGGUUGAAGAGAGGGAAGAAGUGAGCCUAAUUUAAUCUCCCAAGACAUUCCUAAAUCCCAGAGGUGGUGGCUUCUUUGGCAUUGGGCUUGUCUUGCCCCCUCCAUCCCCCCACUUCCCCCUCCCAAGAAAGAUUUCCAUUCAGGGACCCUUGCCCUCCUCCCUGAGGGAGGAAUACUGCUGAUCUUUUACAGCUCACUUCUGUAAACUACAAAAACAAAGUGUGUGUGUGUGGGUUGGGUUGUGUUCUGUGCUCUUACGAGCAUGUAAGGAGUACAUGUUCCCUUCUUGCCCUGCCAAAUGGUGUGGUAUUUGUCUGGUGAUGUGUGGAUGACUUUUGCUACCAUUUGUGAGUUUCUGCAAGUGAACAGCAGUCUUGAGGGGGUGUGAAUAAUUUUGCCCAGUAAUAGUUCUGGCAUGGCACUGGUACAUGGGGAGGGAUGGAUGCAGAGGUGUGCAUUUAUAUGACUGUUUAUCUCACAGUUUGACUGAUUUCUGCAAGUACUCUUACUCUGAUUUUGUAAGCAUUUGUAUUUAUAAAGGGAGGGAAGGAAAGGGUGAACUGAGAGCUUUGCUUUCUAUCUGGCUCAAAAAGAGGUUGCCAGAAGGCAGCCUGGUUGCAGAUGACUCCCUCCUGCUGUUAACAUUGUAGUAGGAACCUGAGAAGACACUAAAGGUUUAACAACCAACCAGAAGCACAACAAAAAAAUUCUAUGACACAUGAUGUUGGCACUUAGAAUUUUAGCUGUCUGCUUCUAUUGUAAUUGCUGGCUGAGUCUGAGGUCAGUUGGCAAGGAGGUGUGUAUGUGUGUAUGAAAGCUGCCCAUAAGAGAGCCAGACUGAGCUCUCUUGAGACUCAUAAGGUGUGCAUCAUACACCAGCAGAUGAACUGGUUGCCCCUGCACUGCCUGAAGAGCCCUGCCAGUCCUGUGAUGUAACUCAAGUGGAGGACCUGUGUUCUGGUAUCAUAAGUGCUUUUUCCAUUUUAUGUAAACCAAAACCUUGACUUGUGGGCAAAUUGCAUGGAAGCAUCUCAGGGAGGUUUUAAGGUUCCAGCUAUACUUUGCUGGAAAAUCUAAUGUUGCACAGGUCAAACUAAUGUUUUCCCUUUCCAUGCAUGAAAUAAUAUGGUAUGCACUUGGAAUCGUUAAGUUUUUGAACACCGGAUAUGGAGUCAUGUGCAGAGAAAACCCAGGACAAUGCUUACAAGUCUUAUUCUUUCUGGAGGUCAUAGUGCUCCCAGGGUGACUUGCAGUUCUCAAAGCCCUGGCUUACACAUGCUUUGUUGGACGCUUACAGGUGAAACUAUGGCAGAAAUGCAAGACCAUUGCUAGUGAUUUCAAAAGGACACAAAGGCAGAGUUGAAGACUUGAUCUCUGUGUUUAUUUUGACUGCUGACCCAGAAGCUCUGUUAUGGACUCAUAUGGAAGUGGUCUGUUUCAGGAAAAUAAAACCCCUGUGUUGUAGAGCAAUUUGGAGUUAAUAUCAAAUGGGUCUGGAGACCUGUGAAUGCCUCUUGACUGUGUGGGAUUAUAGGAGAGGUUUGGAGGCAGGGUGGGUAGAAAGUUCCUAACGGUAAAACCGCAACUAGCAUAUAGUUGUUAGGAGAAAAUAAUGUGUUUUGUGAUGCUUUAAGAGUAGCUCCCACAGGUAUAAUCAGAGCCUGUGGUAAUAAGCAUUGUAAUGGGAUGCAGAACUGAGAUGCCAGAUGUAGCUCUUAGAACUGUUUCUGGACCUAAAAGCAUGAUGAGUUGUCUUUAACACAGCUUUCUGAUGAAUUACAGAGGGGUCUGUAAGUGGUUAUGAAACUAGAACAGCAGUAUCUGCGAUGCUCAGCAAGGGAAGGUGUCACAAAGGUGACAUCACUUUAAUAGUGAUGUAGAGUUCAUGGAGACUCUUGCUUAGGGGAAGUGAUGCCAGAGACCACUGGCAGUGUGUGUAUGUUCCCUGUUAGCAGCCUCCUGAACUGCAGGAGCAAGCAGCUGUAGAGGCAAUCAAGUAUUUGACAAAGUAUCUUUGCUAAAAACCAGCUUAGUUUGCACCGCAGCUGCUAGGCUGUUUUUAGUUAGGCUAUUUAGAUAGAAGUUGGACUUCCUUCAUUUUCUCAGUUUUAAGUUCAUUGCUUCAGGAGGUUGUCCUUCAUAAUCAGAUUUCCCAAUUACAUGGGAUGGGAGGAGUGGUAAACAAUGUAAUUGCUCUAGCUUCUUUCCUGUUCUUAAUAAAUGAAACUUGGCUGCUGCUUGA